UCACACAUUUUAUAUACCGAACGAAAAUCAUCUUGGGAUCCCUGUGGUAUUCUUUGAAAGUGCAGCAAAUCAAAGAUGGCGGACGUUUGAGGACGUGGACGACCGAAUCUCAUUAAUCUCGACCAUUAAUCUUUCGUCAAUUAACUUUUCUUGAAAUAACAGAGUGUAGUCAAGAAAAAUGCUUAAUCCUUUGCAAAGAAGGCAAGCUCUUUGCUUUGCUUUGACGUGGAUUGCUUAUGCUUCAACCUAUUUGUUGAGGAAACCUCUUGGAGUUAUCAAAGCUGACUUGAGCACCAUCUAUAAGAUGUCAAGUACUGACCUAGGUUGGUUAGAUACAUCCUUGCUCUUGCCCUAUGCAGUAAUGCAGAUCCUCUUUGCAUCUUGUGGAGAUCGAUUUGGUCCAAGAAUUGCUUUAACAUUCUGCUUACUUGGCUCAGCAUUAUCCAUGUGUACUUUUGGAUUUUGGCAUAAUCUUCCAAUCUUUGCUGUUCUUCUGUUCUUAAAUGGAAGUUCACAAGCAACAGCCUGGCCAAACUGUGUCAAGUCUCUUGGUUCCUGGUUCAACAAUCAGCAAAGAACAACUAUCUUUGGAUUCUUUGGUACUUGUACCUUUACUGGAGGCAUUAUUGGAAGUGCAUUAGCUGUACAACUUCAGUCAACAUAUGGACCAGACUUGAAGAUGAUAUUCCUUAUACCCUCAAUAGUUGUGGGAGUAAUUGGUGUUUUAAUUUUCUUGUUCAUGAGAUCACCAGAAGAAGUAGGCAUGAUAAUUCCAGGACAAGAAACAAAGGUGCCCACAAGUUCAUUUCCUCCUUCAAACGCAGAACAAAGGUCACUUUCAUAUGUACAGUUAUGGAACCUCAGAAUGGUUCCUGAACUUUCAUGGACUAACUUUUGCAUUAAACUAGUGCGAUAUUGUAUGUACAUGUGGCUUCCAAUGUACCUUUUCCAAUCCCUUGGCUAUUCCAAGUACCAGGCGGGGCUCUUAUCAACUGUGUUUGAGAUCGGUGGAGUGGCUGGAUCAGUAGGUCUUGGCAUUAUUAUAAACAGAUUUCUUUCAGGUCGCGUUGUCCAUGGCGUCUGUUUUACAGUUCUUGGCAGUACAAUCUUCCUUGCUGCCUUCCACUAUACUAGUCACAUGGGUAUUAGUAUAAACUGUCUGUUCAUGUUCUUGGCGGGAGCCUGUAACUGUGGACCAGAUCCUUAUUUGUCUGGGUCUAUCGCAGCGUCAGUUGGAGAGAGAGAGAAUGCACAGGCAGCUGUGUCUGGUCUUAUCAACGGUUUUGGAAGCAUUGGCACGGUAAUUGAGGGACCUCUGAUUGGCUGGAUGGUAGGACAUUAUGGCUGGGCGGGGCCGUUUUACUUCAUGAUUGGCUUGUCGACAUUUGGUACCCUGUGUAUGUACAAAGCAACCAGAAUCGAUGAUGCUAUAAAGAAAACGCAGUUUAUGAGUCAAUUGACAGCCGAUACAUAGGUUGGACAAUAGAUUCUCAGCUUUGUAAAAAUAGUUACUAGUUAGCUGGUUAGUCAGAGAACGGGAAAAGAGGCGAUGGAGUGGUUUAGUAAGUGCGGAUCCAGGGGAGGAGGGGGUGAAUUAGGUGCCUAGUCAAACCCCUUUGGAAUAAAAAAAAUUCAAAAACAACUGAGGCAUAUUACGGCUGUGAUAYCACAGGUAUCCCAGUAAUAAGAAUAAAUGAUAAGGUAAAGCCUAAAAAGAAUGCUAUGUGGUGCCUUUCUAGGUAACAAUCAACCCUUUAAAAACCUUUUGGAUACGCCACUGAAGGCUAGAGAUGCUUGAUCCACCGCCCGCUUAUGGGUAGGGUAAAGGAGAUAUAAAGUUAUAAUAAAUGUCGCAUAAAAUGCGUUACACUGCGAAUCGAAAACCCGUGGGCAUCUAGAAAUAUUCCAAGAAUGUUUCUUAACCAAUCAGAAGCGUAGUUGUUAUCUUUCCGUUAUCUUGUGGUUAGAAAAUUAAUUGUGAUUGGCCAAAGAACAGAGCAUUCCUAGAAUGUUACUAGGUUGCCCACGGUUUUUCGCAUCGCAUUGUGAUGUAAACCACUUGCGUUUGUCUUCAAAGAUCACUAAAACUAUUGAUCAUGCAUCUGCCGUACUAUAUACUGACUAUAUACCUUAUAAAUUCUAUACUUUAUGAACUAUAUAAAGUAGUUUUUUUUAUUUUUAUAGGCCUAUUGCAUGAUGGCAUCAUUUGACUACCACUACCAAAAUGAUUUUGAAUUUUCUUUAUUCUUGAAAUUUUUAUUUUAUCUAUGAUGAUAGGUAAGACAAUUUGUGCUAAUUGACUGAAUUUGAAAAAUAGGUUCGCAAGGGAUUCUGGUAAUUGUAGUAAAUGACUCUAUACUGAAAAAGGCCUAUUUUGCCUCUGGUAUUCAAAAGAUGUUCAGAUUUGCAUUAAACCUUUAAAGGAUCAGUGUUCAGGGUUCGUGCUACUCCUUAAACUCCUUGAAAACUCCUUGAAUUUUUGCUUCGAUCAUUACUUGCAUGGUUCUGAAAUAGAUCUAGUCAGGAAGAUUUGAUUAUCAGAAAGUCGACCAUGUGCAACCACCAUGUAAAACCUUGGCAUAGUUAGCUGAACAUACUCCUUGAAAAUUCAUUUUUGAAUAGUCCUUGAAUUUUAAGUGGUUACCUCAGCACGAACCCUGUUUCUAGUAAAACUUUCUCAAUAUUUCCGAGAGGUAGCAACCUCGUAAAUGGUACAUUAUUUUACUCUUUCCAAAAAGUGUAUUUAGUGAGCCACGUUUAGAUAUCAAACGUGAAACUUCUUGGGAAAUAUAUAACGAGUUAUGAUAUUAAAAAAUUGUUAUCAUAUAUUAUGA